AGCUGCUUUCCGCCUCUUUGGCUGCGGUCCGAGAAAUGGGGAAGAAGACGAAGAAGCCGGGAAAGGGCAAAGAGAAGACGGAGAAGAAAACGGCGAAAGCUGAGGAGAAGAGAGCUCGCAGAGAGACCAAGAAGCUCUCUCCCGAGGAUGACAUCGAUGCCAUUUUGUCAAGUAUUCAAAAGGAAGAAGCUAAGAAGAAGGAAGUUCAUGUCGAGGAAAAUGUCCCAGCUCCCUCUCCGCGGUCCAAUUGCACACUGAGCGUCAAUCCCUUGAAAGAGACAGAGUUGAUCCUUUAUGGGGGUGAAUUCUAUAAUGGUAAUAAGACAUUUGUGUAUGGUGAUCUUUACCGGUAUGAUGUUGAAAAGCAGGACUGGAAGUUAAUUUCGAGCCCCAAUAGUCCACCUCCUCGUAGUGCCCACCAGGCGGUCACUUGGAAGAACUAUCUCUACAUCUUUGGUGGUGAGUUUACUUCCCCAAACCAAGAGAGGUUCCAUCACUACAAGGACUUUUGGAUGUUGGACCUCAAAACAAAUCAAUGGGAACAACUAAAUAUAAAGGGGAGUCCAAGUCCACGCUCAGGUCAUCGGAUGGUAAAUUCAGGUACUGUACAAGCACAAGAUUAUUGUUUUUGGAGGCUUCUAUGACACGCUUAGAGAAGUGAGGUAUCACAAUGAUCUCUUUGUAUUUGACCUGGAUCAGUUCAAGGUAGAGAUCUUGUCUCUGUUGUGUUAAUCUACUAUUAUAAAUUUGUGUGCGUUUAUAUAUGUACAUAUAUGUUUAACUAAUGCUUUUGCAAUGUUGCAUUUCAGUGGCAAGAAAUAACUCCUAGGCCUGGUUCCUUGUGGCCAAGCGCCCGAAGUGGUUUUCAGUUUUGUGUACCAAGAUGAAAUUUUCUUAUAUGGUGGCUAUUCCAAAGAAGUUUCAUCUGAUAAAACUGGCUCCGAGAAAGGAAUUGUUCAUUCAGACUUGUGGGCCCUUGAUCCUAGGACUUGGGAAUGGAA